GUUGUUUGUGCUGUUUAUUUACGGUGCAGGCCACCGUCGUGUGUAUAUCCGUGGUAUAAUGCUCGACUGCCCCCCGAUUUUCGGCAUUUUGGGCAAUUGAAAACCAGCCAGCGCAAGGUUGACUGAACUUGGGGCAGCCGUUGUUAUUGCUGUUGGUAGUUGAGAGUUGAGAGUUGGGCUUGAGCCCGAUAUGUUAGCCAACUCCAGCUCGACUUGUGUAUGUACUGACGUUGGUAGUGCGCGUAUGUGGCUAAGCGUGUGAGUGCGCGUGCGAUUCUCCGGCCGAAGACACACUUUUCUUUUUUGUUUCUUUUUGGAUUAUUAAUUUACAACGUGUGAACGCUGCUGGGGGAAAAAGGGUAACAAAUGAAAUCUGCUUAACGGACAACUCGUCGGCUCAUCUUCCCAACACGCUUGUCACUCGAAGAAAUUGGGUUCCAGUUCGAUACGAGAAUUUCCAGCGCCCGUCUGAUUGAUAGAUAGCACAGCCUCAAGAUGUCUUCGGAUCGGUUUCACAAAGCCGCUAAAGAUGGGCUGCUGGAUGUGCUGGCGGCGGCCACUAGAAAGGACACCAAUGCCAAGGACAGUGACUCCAUGACGCCAGUGAUGUGGGCCGCCUUCGAAGGGCGGCUAGAUGCGCUGCGGCUGCUGUGCGGAAGGGGUGGUGACCCCGACAAAUGCGACCAGUUCGGGAAUACAGCCUUGCACCUGGCCUCCGCCAAGGGUCAUCUGCACUGCGUGGACUUUCUCGUGAAGUUUGGUGUCAACAUCUACGCCUUGGACAUUGACAAGCACAGCGCGAAGGACUUGGCCGCCAUCAAUGGAAGAGAUGAAAUCCUGCGUUACCUGGACGUGGCCACUGCCAACUUUGAGGCCAACGAAAAGAAAAAGUCCAAGGCCUUGAAGGAGCUGGCCGAGAAGAGUUGCGAGAAGCGAGUGCGUGAGUACAUGAAGCGGCAGCAGCAGCGCCAGGAUCCCGAGUACGCUGACCACAGUCCACCUAGCGGACCCAGCAAGUCGGGGAAUAUGCUCUCCACGCUUAAGCAGAAGAUCUGGUCCAGCCAGGGCAAUCUGAACAAGCCGGCCAGGGAUCAUCCGCCUCCGCCGCCGGCGCCCACCAAGUUCAGCGAUCUGGUGGGCAGCGGGAGCAGCAGCAGUGGCGGCUCAACGAUAGCCAGUCGAGCGGGCACAGUCCAGAAGCGACCGUCGCAGGCCCAGAAGCAGCACACCAGCUCGUGUCCGCACUCAAAGCUGUCCGCUGGCGACGGGGACUUUAAGGUCCGUGAACUGGAGCCGGAUGGCAAGCGAACAAUCACCUCGCUGACGGGCCUGCAGCGGGACUCUGAGGUGAUGUAUGUGGGCACCUUCAGCUCCAACGAGGACAGCGUGGGCAAACGCGGAAAGAUCAGCGAUGUCUUCGAGUGCCUGGAGGCCGAUGAACCGGAUAACAACGACCAUCGCAGUGGCUACAGCUCGGCCUUGGCGCGAUCCUUCUCGCAACCAGAUAUUCUGGGCGAUGGUCCCUUGGCCCAGGAGCUGAAUGAGGAGAUGACCCUGCAGCGACCCGUGGGACUCUUCGAUAGACCCACCAUGUUGGGCAGUAUUGCCUUCAGGCGAUCAGUGACCGCCGCCUUGAGCCAGCUGCAACUGCACACGGACACCAGUUCCACGUCCACGAUGCGAAAUGCGGGCAGCAAUCCUUCAAAGCCGCGAACUGGCGGUGGCAAGGGCCGCCUGUACCUGAACCUGUCCGACGACACGGACUCUGAGGGCGGAGGACACGACAUCUACAGCGACGAGGACGAUGACGAUGACCGGGAGUCGGCGGGCAGUGCCCUGCAGCGCUUUCUGGCCGUCUGGGCCUUGGAGGAGUACCUGCCAGUAUUUCAGAAGCAAGAGAUCGACCUGGAGACAUUGAUGCUCCUCACGGAGGCGGACCUCAAGUCGCUUGGUCUGCCAUUGGGACCCUUUCGUAAGCUGACCUUCGCCAUCCAGGAGCGACGCAAUGCCCUGGCCAAUCCCGGCCCCCUGGUGGAUAGUCGCCUUUAGUU